GUGAUCGCUCCGUGUGCGCGCCGCGUCCGACUCCGACUAACCACUCGUUCUCUUAUCGAGUACUCGAACGGUUCCGACGAAUUAUUGCUAACCGUUUAAUUAUUAUAUUAUAUUAUUAUUAUUGUUAAUUUAUUUUUUCGCUUAAUAAACUUAAUAUUCUUAAUAUACUUUUAUUCAAAAUAAUAUAUUUUCAUAUCAUCAUAACAUACAUUUACAUAGUGUCUUAUUUUUAAUUUAUACAUAAUUAAUUAUAAGUGCGUUUUUCUGUGCAUUUGAAUUUCGUCGCAGUGCUGUUUUAUAUUUUUACCAGUAUAUUGUCUUUUUUUUUUAAUUGUGCACGGUUUACGACCUUCCUGAAGUUUGGAUACAACAUUCUCUGAUUCUACACACAUUGACCGGAUCUAUACUCUGAACGCAAAAAUGUACUUGAAAGAAAAAUGGAAACGAAUCUCAGUGAACAAACAAUGAACCACAACGGAAGUGGAACAUCGCAUAAGAUAUCAAAGAAACUUCUGUCCACAAUUCAGUUAUAAUCAUCCUGGCUUUUGUGAAGCCUACACCACCUGGCCCACCACUGUCCGCUGGAGUAGUGGUUGCUGGUAGGACGUCCGCCAUCACAGGUUCAGGUAUGCCUUUCAUGGACGAUGUGUUACUCUGGUGUCCAGAGGCCGAGACGAAAAUUGACGAUUUUACCGAAUGUCUUGGUAACGAAGUUUCCAGUCUCGGCGAAUUACUCCAAUCAGAAAUAUCCAGUGAAUUAGACAAUGCCUUGGACGGAGGAGGAGCAGUUAGCCAGGAUGGCGGUGAACACUCUGGCGAUGAUGACAUUUUCAAGCAGCUAUCCGACUCGUCCGCGUUACUUGAACAGUUUUUCGAUUUUGUUAAUUGUGACAUAAAGGAAGAAAAUAAUAACAAUGUUAUGUCAACUGGUAACAAAAACCAUGCUGCUGUUGCAUUACUUCAAGAACUACAACGCACAAAUGCUGGCAAAAAAUUCAACAUAACCACUGCCAAUCCUUUGCUUGCAGAAAAACUUUUGAAUCCUGUGUCUCAGUUAAAUCCAAGUUUAAACCAAAAUUCAGAUAUGUUCAUCAAUCAAAACAAGUACAUCAAGACGGAACCUUCAAUAAAUGAUACAGGUAAGCAAACCAUCCGACCGUCAUCAUUCCCACCGACCACCCUCACUACUGUCGGUAAUGAAAAGGAUGAGAACAUCGACUUCCUGGAUCACCUCCGGAUCGCCGGCAACGGCGGUGUAGGAAACCCGGGAGCAGCCGACCAUCUGCCGCCCAGGCAACAGUUGUCGUUUGCCCUGCCACACGGAUUCCAUCAUGCUGGCUCUCUGCCGCCCAGCCCCGCGGACUCCGGAGUGUCCGACGUGGACAGCAGCAGCAGUGGACACACAUCCACCGACACCGAGCUCAGGGCUCGGCUCCAACCGCACCAGUAUCACCACCAAGUCUCUUCUUGCGGUCGUCGUACUAGCCCAGACCCGCCAAGUAUCGCACAAUGCCACCAACAGCAGCAACAACAACAGCAACAGCAACAACAGCAACAGCAGCAACAGGACUUGUUCUCCAGGAUAUACGGGGUGAACGCUCCACCACCAGGUGCUUACCAUCAUCCCGGUCCCGCGCCUCCAUCGCCCAAACAUCCACUUUUCAUGCGAAAUAACCAUCCUUAUGGGGGUGGCGUCCCUGGCUACCACCCUUCAGCCGUUGGCGGCUACGGUUCGGCGGUCAGCCCCACAUCUGCCGGCCACUUCGCCAUGCCACCGUGCCCGCCCUCGGCCGCGCUCCCGGGCGCUGGCACCGUGGUCGGUCGCGGGUCUGUUAUCCAAGCGGCCGCGGCCAACUGUUACCAGCCUAACGGCGCCGGGGCGGCCAACCUCAAUGAUCUGUACUACAUGGACUUUGGCGCACCCACCGCGGCCGCGGCCAUGUACCACCAGAAAGCAGUAAACAAGAACGGCAGCAAUAAGAAGCCCAAGAAGUACGGCAGUGUCGGACGACCGUCAGCAGCCGGUUCCCCGGGUGCCGUCCAACAACAGUCCUGUCCGGCCACGGGACCCAAGCGGAAGAGCCGAGAAGGUUCCACGACGUAUCUUUGGGAAUUUUUGCUUAAAUUACUGCAAAAUUCCGACUACUGUCCGAGGUUCAUCAAGUGGUUGAAUCGGGAAAAAGGCGUAUUCAAGUUGGUCGACUCCAAAGCGGUGUCUAAACUUUGGGGAGAGCACAAGAACAAACCAGACAUGAACUACGAGACGAUGGGUCGUGCUCUCAGGUAUUAUUACCAGAGGGGAAUUCUGGCCAAAGUGGACGGCCAGAGGCUGGUCUACCAAUUCGUCGACGUUCCCAAAGACAUCGUCGAAAUCGAUUGUUCCGGCGCAUAAGGAUAUGUAAACCCGAAAACGGCCAAAGACCUCGUGAUAAUAAUUUAUAAAUAUAUUGUCAUCUUCAUCAUCGCAGUUGCUAUAUUAUAAUUUAUUCUUUCCACCUCGGGAGCAGAAUCGUCGUCGCCAGUCCGUCGUCAUAAUAUUAUUUUUAUUAUUAUUAUUAUUAUCAUUACUAUAUGUAGGUAAAAUUCAACCUGCAUAUGGUGUGUAUAACAUGUAUAUAAGAUAAAUGUAUAUGCGUGCGUGUGUUUUUUUAUAUUAUUAGUAUAUAGAAUACUGCACCACUCGAGUUCAAACUCGUCUGCCGUGUAAAUAUCGCGCAAAAACUUGUGUUUCUUUUUUUUUCAUAUUAUAUAUUUUUUUUUCGUGAACGAGUACUGUCGCCAUCGUUGCUGCUACCGUUUAAACAUUGUAAUAUUAUAAUAAUAUAUUUUGAUGUACUCCCUGCUGGUUGUAGCUGAUGCUGCUGCAGCCAUCUCGUCUGUGUGCAUGUGUAUAUGUGUGUGUGUGUGUAAAGACUGACAAUAAUUAACCGAGAAGAUAUUAUGAUAUAAUAUAUUAAAUAUAUAUAUAUAUAAUAUACAAUAACAUUAAAAAAAUUAAAAAAAAAAAACAAAAAUAUACAUAAUAUAUAUCAUAUUAAUUAAUUAUUGUUAGUUUGACCGAUCUCUACGUUUUUAGUAUAUAUUAUAUAUAUUUAAAACAAAUCUCGAAACGUGUACAAAAUUUUAAUUAUUAUUAUUAUUAUUAAUUUAAUUAGGAAAAUAAAUUCGAUUCGGAACAAAUAAAAAACAAAAAAUAAAAGAUGAAAACUUUAUUAUUAUAUGCACACGGCGCAUAUACGUGUGUGUAUAGUUUUAUUUUUACCAUUUAUCAUAAAUAUAAUUAUUACAAUUGUAAUUUUUUUUAUAUAUAUAUUAUUUUUGUUCCGAGAACUCGUUUUUUCUCAACUUAAGUCAACGAAACCCCUUAUUACUGUACAUAACCAUAAUUUAUAAGAAUAGCUUUAAGGUCAUAAUAUAUUAUAUUGUUGGUGUAAGUUUUUAAUUAUUCUUGUGCAUAUAUAUGUAUACUUAUAUAUAUAUACACAAUACAUUUUAUUAGGUAGGUACUAAUGUUAUUUGUAAUAAUAUUUCUGUGUAAAAUUUUUUUCGAACUAUUUUUGUAUGCUUUUUUAAGUUAAAAUUAUUAUUAUUUUUUCCUUUUAUUUAUUUUGUUGUUUUUGUAUGUAAUUUUAAGGAUUUAAUGUGUUUGUGAAUCAUUAACGUGAACUAAACUGUUGGCACCGGACGUUUAUGUAUCGAAUAUCUUACCAUCGCGUCGCCUCAAACGAAACUAAACGAAUAACAAACAGACUUUUAAUAUAAUCCGUACUUAAACACAUUUAAUAAUGCGAUAAUAAAUUAUUUAUAUUUAUAUAUUUUUAUUUUAAUAACGCUCGCGAAACUACUCGAAAAAGCUCAAAAAAUAGACACGACUUUAUUAUAAAAAUGUUUACUACUAUACACGGUCUAUAUAGUGGUAAUCACAACGAAACUGUUUACCAUUAUAAUUGUUACGUCCUUUAAACAAAUUAAUAAAUAAUAAUAGUAAUGACUUAAUAAAUAUUUCAAUGUUAUUUGUAUGAAAAAAAAAAUGAAAAAAAAAGAGAAAAAUGAAUUUAAUCAACAAAAACGUAUCUGCAUAAUACGCGCACGAAGCGAAGAAAACACAAUAUAUUCUUAAUUAAUUUUUAUCAUUCGUCUCGUCAAUUUUUCGUAAUAAACGCGUUUUUGAAAAACCUCAAACUAUACCAUAUACCAUUUACUUAAUAAUAUAUUGCACCGAUAUUAUACGAUAGCGAAUUAUUAUUAUUAUUAUAUAUUUUGCGAAUAACAAUAAUUAUUGUUAAUAUUAUUGUUAUUACUACUAUAAAUAAAUUAUACCGUUGUCGGUUUGCUCGUACCUAUAUUAUAUUUCCGAUGUUGCUCAAGUAAAUACGAAAUCUAAGAAAAAAAUUUUUUCUCUGCCUCUUUCUCUCUAACUUUUUCAUGUUAUGUUUUAAUUUCCUUCGUUGUUUUCUGUAAUUAUACAAUAUUAUAUUAUUAUAUUAUAUUCGCCACUUGUCGUUUAACGUCGUAUUGUUAGGAUAUGUAAAUUUUUGUUUUCUGAUAAUAGUGUGCUGCUGUUCAUUAUAUUUUAUGCCGUGUCUGUUGAGAACCUAAAAUUUAUACGUUUGUCGUGAUAUUGUUGGGGUGUGUCGGGUUGGAGGAUGAAGUAUUUGUCAGACGAUUGUACAUGACGAAUAUUAUAUGUUAAAUACGUAUUAUAGGCAGUAUAAAAACCAGACAAAACGAAUAAUUCAAUAGUGAUCGAAAAACAGCAAGGCUUUAUUGUAAUACAUCGAUAUGUGAUUAUUAUAAUAUAUCUUAAAUUAUUAUUAUUAUUUUAUUUAUAUUUAUAUUUAUACAUAUAUAUAUUAUCUAUGUAUAAUACUGGUGACGAAUUCGUAGGAAGGUUUUUUUAUGUUUUUUUUUUUUUGUUUUCUCCUUUUAUUUGUCUUUAAAUUUUACGUUCCGUUAGAGACUGUGAACCGGCAUGUGAUUGAAUUAACGAGAAAUCGAAAGGAAUUUAUUAUAUACAUAGGUAUAUACAUAGAUAAGAUGUGAUUUAUUAUAAAAAACUAAUCGAAUAAAUGUUUUUUUUUUAAAACAAAUUUUCUAUGAAAUUGUUAUAAUAUAUACUGUGUACCUAUAGGGAAGAAUUGAUUAUUUAAAUAUUAUAUUAUAUAUGUUGUAAAAUACACGAAAUAUGUUUUUUUUCA